CCCUCUAAUAUCCUUCUCGACUCUGAGUGCACCGUCAAAGUUUGUGACUUUGGUCUUACACGAUCUUUGACGCAACGGCAUCCAAAAUCAGGAACCGCGAAGGGUGACUCGACAGACCCCCUGGAGGCAACCGACCCUAACCUCACGGAGUAUGUUGCGACGCGGUGGUAUCGUGCUCCCGAAAUCCUGCUUUCCUCGACAACCUACACAAAGGGUGUUGAUAUGUGGAGCCUCGGCUGCAUUGUUGCGGAAAUGUUUCUCGGGAAACCCCUAUUCCCCGGCACUUCAACUUUGAAUCAACUGGAAAGGAUCAUGAGUAUUGGCCCAAGACCGACACGAGAAGGUGUGUUUCUGUCGACUGCACCUUUUUUACAUUUGGUCCUCUUUCCUUCUACCUUUGCAGAUGUUAGGGGGUCCUAA